AAUGCACUAGAAAAGUGAAAUAACAAUUUUUAAAAUAGAUUCUUUGAAGGAAUUAUGAUAAAAGUAAUUUAUCCUCCAGCAUUUGGAGAUUAAUUUACUGCAUGAGAACUUUGUGAACCUGAAAACUUAAUCCUUAUCCUUUCCUCCCCUUUAAGCUGUGUUCAUAUUAUGUUCACACAAACCAAAAACGGUUUAGGUGAUAUGUACUAAAUAGGAAAAAUGACAAACUUCAUUCGAAAUUUACAAUAUGUUAACUGUAAAUAAUAAAACAUAAGUGAUAGUACCUUUUAUUUUCUCAGAAUAUAUAAAAUAGCAGGUACAUUUAAAAAUAAUUGUGUUUUGAUUGUUCACAAGUAAACACAAAUCACUACCAGAUAAUUAUUCUGCAAUAUUUGGGCAUCAGAGGAAAUUAAAGAUAUUAAAAUUACUUCAGAGCUAAGUCCUCAUAAAAGUAAAUGCAAAUUUAUUGAAUAGAAUGGAAUAAAUGCAGGAGCAAAUAGAAGAAAGAGCAUCUUGGACUAUUUAUGUUUUUCAAGAGCUGUUCUAAAUAUGGGCUGAAGGAGUCGCUAGAUACCCUUAGUUUUAGCACUAGGUGUUCCUUUUAAAGUGCUCAAAUAGUCAAAUUAGUUGAUUGAAUUGCCUGCUCCACUGCAGAACUAGCCAUUCAUGAUACUUAUUUUUGACACUGCAGUUAUGCCUCCAUCUUUAAAAAAAAGUCAAUGACAUUUAAUACCACCGAAGAAUGUAGGUUUCUUUUUUUAAAUUGAGCAUUUUACAAUUACUUACAUUAAGAUGUGUAGAGAAAAUUGCUAUAAUAGAAUAAGAAGAACUUGCUGAGAAUUUUUGUCACUUGUUUUUUUUUUUUACAAUUUAGGGAUGCAUAACAAGGAAAAUAUAGGUAAUAUUUGUAGUUAUACUCUCUGUUUAAAACAUGAAACCUAUUUAAGAAUUAAAUGGCAGUCAUGUCAGUGUUUAAAAUGAUCUGACAGUUUUUCUUUUAGAUAUUAGCAUUACAGUAUAUAUUCUCAUAAUUCAUUUCUACAUUGAACUUUCACUUUUGAAAGGAAUACCUUUCUUAAGAGAAAAGGAAGUGAGUUAGGAAUUGAGUGGUUUCCCAGGAAAUAUCAGUUUACAGUUUUGAAGAUUUGCCUUUUGAGGUGCUCAAUUAUUUUUUUUAAAGAUGAACAGUGAAAUCUUUAUUAACUUCAAAGAUAACUUCUUUUAUGAUCUGAAACAACAACACUGUCUAUUUUAAAACUUAUGUGCUUGUAAGAUGUAAUACAGCUUAUUUUUAGCUAAUAAGUGCAUUUUGUAUUCUAAGAGCAUUUAAGGAAAUAAAGUCCUUAUUGGUUUUACUUUUUUUAAAUAAUGAAUUACUAUUUGAGAAAGUUGGAUCACAUUGGCUGGAGAUCCAGCUAGAACAUACAAAUAUUUAGUGGGAUACAAAACAUAUCACCAGAAAACUACUAGAAACUUAAAGAACACUUAAGGGAUGGCAAGGAUGUUUAAGGUUGCUCAAGCCAAGCUGAGAUCUUUUGCCUCCUACAAAUAACCAUCAUAAUGCCACAGUAAGAAGAAACAUGAACAUAAAAUUAUAGAAGCAGUUGGAGUUUAUCACCUAAAUCCAAGCAUCAUUUGCUCUCUUCUUAUUUAUGUAUUGUACUCCCAGGCAAGUUGAGAAACUAGUGAUCACAUAGAUUCCACUUACCUUAUCUUUAGUAUUAAAAAAAAAUAACCAAAUGUAUAAAGGGAAAUUCUCUAGUCAGGAAUAGUAAUCAAGAGAUGUCCUUCACAAGUUUUUAAAGACUACAUACAGACACCUAAUUUCAUUCUAUUCCAUAAAAAUAAGUGAUAGAAAGUGAACAUGAAUUUCAAGACCCUUAUUAAGCGUAAGCGGGAGUUAGACUUUCAGUAUAUCCUCUGACAGUCUUGGAAUACAUUCCUUUUUUUUGUUGUUGUUUUUUGCUUUUUAAAAUCUAUUCUAAGUAAUAGUGGCUUCGACCUAGCUAGUCACAUAUUAAAAUUCAUGAAUUGAUCUUAAUAGAACUGCACAGAUCCUAGUCAAUCUUUAGGGAAGGUCUUUUGUUGAAAAACAAAAAGAUUUUUCCACACAUAAACAAACACGACUUAUUUCCAACAACACAAGGGUGCUCAGAUCAGUUGCAUAAGAGAUAUUGAGAAAGCUGUCUGGCAGGCAGCCUUAAGAGGAGAGAAGCUAUCUCAAUUUUUCUCACUUAAUCUUGGCUUCACGUCAGAAGCUGUGCAGCAGUGCAGUAGAAUAGAAGCCUAGCAAAAAGCCCUUUGUACGGUGACUGUUGCUAUGUCUCGAUAUCUCUGCGAUUUCCCAGGCUGGAUUACCUAUUGAUUUUCCUCCUCCUUUGCUUCCUCAGGCUUACCCGGCUGGACAUUGUGUGUGUGUGUUUUGGAUUUCUCAAGGAUUCUCCCUGACUAACAUGGAUGUCCCACCAUUCCUUGCAGUUGAAGGUUGCUCCUUGGCGCA